AUGGCCGGUGGCGGGGGUGGGGGGCGCCGCGUGGGCGAGACCGUGAAUGGCGAGCCGCGUGGGCGGCGGAGGCGGCGGCGACGCAGCCGGGCCGCGCCGGCCUCAGUGCCCCUCCUGCCCCUGCCGCCCGCGACACGCACGCACCGCCGCAGCCGCACGCGACGCCACGGCACGCAGCACGCAGCACGCAGCACGCGCCGGUCUGCUGCAGGCACGCGGGCGCCGGCCGCGCCGCGCCGCGACCCGCCGGAGUGUGCCGCAGUGCACGUAUUUUCACACGAAUGGAUAACGCCUGGAAAACAGUCAGAGCGCUUUAACCGCGCUGAGCGCUGGCGCCGUGUUCCACUGCGGGCCGCGCAGUGCGGGGCCCAGACCGGCGGCGCCCCGCGCCACGGUACGGUGUCAGCUGCCGGCUCCCGGCUGUCCGGCUGCGCCGUAAUUACGCGAGGCCCGCGGCAGUCGGACGCAGCCCUAACGUGCCGCCGACGGAAUUUGCCCACUAACUCCGGCGCCCCGGGCAGCUGCGUCUGUGCUGCCCCCAAAAUGUUCCAGCGGCUUGCCUUGUAG